AUGGCACUCUCCCGUGUCGCCGACGUCUCCAGCCAUGCCGCGAGCUGCGGUGGGAUGGGCGUGGUGCCGCGUCUUCACCACCCUGGUGUGCGCCUGCGCAUCGCCGUGCCCUGCGCCGCUGCGGCCGCUGCGGGCGUGCAGGAGCAGUAUACAACAUUUGAGGUCGUGCCUGAGGAGGCGAUCAAGGACUUGAAGCUGCACAUGCUCAACCGCGGCUUCACGCGCCCGCCGGGCGCCGGGUCGUCCUGCCUUGUGUUUGGCGAGCUCGACGAGAGGGCGCGCGCCGACCUCGUGACCGCGUCGAGCGCCGGCGGCGGCGACUGGCUGCACAUAUUCGCGCCCGCGGCGGCGGUCGAGAGCGUGUCUGUGCGCACGCUGCUGCAGGAGUUUUCGCUCAGCGGCGGCGGCGGCGGCGGCGGCGGCGGAGCCCCCUGCGGCGCGCCGGCUGCCGCGGCGUCACCCGCGGCGGACCCGCUGCCGCUCGUGCCCGCCGCCGCCGCCGCCGCUGCGACGCCGCCGGCCAUGGUGCAUGUCCUUGUACAUAAGUCGGCGCGCGUCGCGUGGCGCCGCAUGGGCGACGGCCUGUUUGAGCUGUCCAUCAGCAGCCCCCCAGGGGCCCCCCCUUGCGACGACACGAGACACCUCAUGCGCAAGGUGGAGGACGCCACGGGCGUCAGCCUGCGCGACGGCCAGCACAAGCUCGUGUACGGCACGCAGGUGCUGGACGCGGGGCGCCCUCUCGCGUCCUACGGCAUCCAGAAAGGCGCCCUGCUCAAGCUCCUGCCCGUCGAGCCCCCCGCCUGCUGCAACGGCCCCGACGGCGGCGCCGGCGGCCGCGAAGACACUCUUCCGGACGGCAGCCCCCGGCUGGCCAGCCCGCUGCACGAGCUACACCGCCACUGGCGCCGCGCCGCCGCGGGGCUGCUCGAGGGCCACGCGCCGCGCCUUGCGCCAGCGGGGACGGGGCUUGCACUCGCCGCUUCCCUGUCAAUUGCGCGAGGCGACCUGAACACACUGUUUUACCCGAUUGAGGAUCAACCCAAGCACCAACGCGGUUGCUCGUCUCUACUCUGA